UGUGGCGCUGUCCAGGGCUGAUCUGGAGGCGGCGGAGGGGGCGGAGUUGAGGAGUGUGAGGGAAGAAGACGAAGAAGAAGCAGAGGCGAGGCGAGGCUGACUGGCUAGUUAGCUGGCGCCGGGGCCUCUCAGGAAGGAAGCCCCCGAAGGAGGAGGAGGAGACGACGACGACGACGGGGAGGCCUGUGGGAGGCCUCUUUUCCUCCCCGUCUCUCCCCUCAGCCGCGUCGAAAGAAGACAGGAAGUUUUCUGGGGAGGAGCCGCCUUCCCCGCCGUCUGGGAGGGGCCCAGGCGAGGCAGACAGGCGGGCAAGCAGGCCGCAACCGCUCCUCUGGAGCUGGACAGCGAUUCCGCGCUUUCCCCGGCAGCCAAAUAGUUAUGGCAAUGAAAGUCCUGGGACAGUCUGGUGGCAGCAGCCUGUUUUCUGGCAAUACUAACCUCAACAUGACUUUGUCAAACGACAUGUAUGACUUUUCUGAACUUUCCAAAGCUGAGCUGGCAGCUCCUCAGCUUAUUAUGUUGGCAAAUGUAGCCUUAACAGGAGAAGUUAGUGGCAACUGCUGCGAAUACAUGGUUGAUGAAGAGAGACAAAUGGCUGAACUGACAACAGUAGGCAAUGCCAAUUUUUCAGAUAGCGAUGGAGAAGGAGCAGAGGAUGCACAUGCUGUGGAGGGUGAUCAUGAAGACCUGGGUGAUAUAGAAGUGAGAACCCUUGGAUCGCCAGAUGUUCGUAGCAUUGAAACCGAAGAACCGACAGAGUCUUCUCGUUCUCUUAAGUGUAGCCUAGAUAAGGAUUUUCCGAUGGCAAGGUCCCCAGAAGACUUCCAGUUGUCAGGUGGCCCAGCUGAUUUUCAGUUAUCAGAUGCUUCUCAGGGCUUUCGGUUGUCAGGUGACCCAGAAGAUUUUGAUUUUUCAGAGAUCCCAGAGGAAUUCCAGUGUUCAAAUGCCUCAGAGAGUGUAGAUGAUAGAGGUAAAAGCUUGAAGAACAAACCGUUUCGUUGUAAGCCCUGUCAGUAUGAGGCAGAAUCGGAGCAGGAGUUUGUCCAUCACAUUCGGGUACACAGUGCUAAGAGUUUCAUAGUAGAAGAAAAAACUGAGAAGCAUGACGAAGUUGACUCAAGCACUACAGAUGAAGUUGAUUUCUCCAAGGGGCCUAUAAGAUGUGAUCGCUGUGGCUACAACACUAAUAGAUAUGAUCACUAUCUGGCUCACUUGAAGCAUCACAAUAAAGCUGGAGAAAAUGAAAAGGUCUACAAAUGUACAAUUUGCACAUAUACAACAAUAAGUGAAUAUCACUGGAAGAAGCAUCUAAGGAACCACUUUCCACGCAAAGUGUAUACAUGCUUACAGUGCUCCUACUUCUCGGAUCGGAAGAAUAACUAUGUGCAACAUAUUCGUACGCAUACAGGAGAACGCCCCUAUCAGUGUACUAUGUGUCCUUAUUCAAGUUCUCAGAAGACUCACUUAACCAGACACAUGCGGACUCACUCAGGUGAGAAACCAUUUAAAUGUGAACAGUGCAGCUAUGUGGCAUCAAACCAGCAUGAAGUGACCCGACAUGCAAGGCAGGUCCAUGAUGGUCCAAAGCCACUGGUCUGUCCUCACUGUGAGUACAAAACGGCUGAUCGAAGCAACUUCAAGAAACACGUUGAACUCCACAUCAGCCCACGGCAGUUCCUUUGCCCGGUCUGUGAGUAUGCUGCAUCCAAGAAGUGCAAUUUGCAGUAUCACAUCAAAUCCAGACAUCCUGACUGUUGUGAUAUCACACUGGAUGUCUCAAAAGUAAGGCUACGGACUAAAAAGAAUGAAGUUAACACUUCAGGAGAUGUUAGUGCUGGCGAUAGUAAUAGUAAUCAUAAAGUGGAACAAGAGCAAGCAAAGAAAGAGCUCAAUGAAAAGAAAAAUGAGAGAGCUGCAAAAGAGGAAAAAAAGGAAAAUCUGUCAAAAGAAGAGAAAAAGGAAAACAUGUCAAAAGAAGACAAGAAAGUCAACCAACCAAAAGAUGAAAAGAGAGAAAAUUUACCAAAAGAAAAGAAACUUGUUUUUGAGAAAGUGACAACUCGAAGUCGCAAAACUGUCUUCAAAAAUAAGGAUGAAGACAUGAAAACUGAGAAAAUGACUCAGAAAACUGGUAAAACGAAGAAACUAAAAAGAACAGCCGAGACUAACUCUGCUCCAGAAGAUACUGCUACAGAUGUAGACGAUAUAAUUGCGAAAAAGAAAAAGAAAACAGAGAAGAAGUCUCAGAAAUGUCAGGAGUCUCAAAACAAUAACAAUAAAUUGGAGGAUGCAAAAAAGGAAGAGUCUUAUCUUAGGAAGAACAAAAAAAAGAGAGAUCUGAAGAAUAAGUCUGUUAAUAAUAACAGCAAGCCUUCUUGUGAGAAUAUUGUAGAUGAGGAUGCCCUCCCUAUAGAGCCUCUUAAAGUAGAGGAGGAAAGGAAGAAAUCUAAUGAUUCCUGCAGUAGGCAGCAACCCGUUAUUCCUUCAGAUGUUGGGGAAAACAUUCAGGAUUUAGAGUCACCAUCUGUACAAUCUGUGGACACAAAUGUAGAGAUGGAAAUAGAAGACCAAGAAAUGUCCACGGCAGAAGAGGACACUUCACAAACUGUUUCUGGGAAUGAAAUUGGAGUAGAGCUGGCAGUCACUCCUAGGAUUAGUGCUCUAAACUUGAAUGCUACCUUGGAAAAAGAGACUGCUUUGUUGGAGGAUACAUUAUUAAAUGUGGCCAAAAAUACUCAGACAACAGAAAUGUGUGAAAUGGAAGUGGUGACUAAUCCAGCUGUGGUACAAGGGACUCAGCCAAUGGAAACACAUGAGAGAGAAACUGUGAGUAGCCCACAUCCAGAACAUGAUAGUUCCACAGAAGAAUUGCUGGCUGAAGACCCAGCAGGAGGAGCAUCAACCUCACAGUUGCCAGAAAAUUUUCAGCAAAGCACUAAAACAGACCUAGUUUCUGCAGCACCAGGUGGCACUGUAGUAAAUGAAAGUCAGGAAAUGGAAGAGGAUGAAGGCAUCCACAGUCACGAUGGCAGCGAUAUAAGUGACAACAUCUCAGAAGGCAGCGAUGAUUCUGGGUUAAAUGGUGCCCGGACAGCCCAGGAGAAAACAAGUCAGAAGCCACCUGAAGAACAGGCCGAAGUCCAGGUCACCAAGGAGAACUAUGUGUGUAUAUUUUGUGAUCGCUCAUUUAAAAAAGAAAGUGAAUAUAGCAAACACCUGAACCGCCAUUUGGUAAAUGUAUACUAUCUUGAAAAGGCAACAAAGGGGCAAGGUUAACCAAGUGGUGGCAUAAUGACAAUUUUUUCUUCCUCUGUAAAAUCGUAUAGAGCUUAGGUACAGUUCUUGUAGAAUCUUUGCUUAAGCUCAGCUUGCUUAUACUUUUAAGUUGUUGUUUCUUUUCCUUUGAUGAAACGUUUCUCUAAUUAACUACUUGUACCUCUUUGAUUAGAGAGGGCAAGUGGGUAUGUAAGUCUGUGGCUUGCUAAACUGGCUUAAGUCCCUGGGAUAGAGCCCUGGAAUCACUUCUAUAUUUCUGUUGAUUUACAACAGAGCUGUACACAAAUUAGAGUGUUUAAGUCCAGUAGCCUUGGGAUGCUGUCUUCUGAGUGUCUCCUGCACAAGCUCUGUAGAAAUGGAUUAUGCAAAAGCGCUGUUGUGCUCUCAUGGGACUUGUGCAGAAGACAACAGCAAUUGAUGGGGCCCACAGUAUGGGACUUUUUAUGCUCCCAAGGAGAUGUUCCAGUCUGGAAUGGGUGUCAGCCUGAAAUGGGUGUCAGGUAUAUGGUGCCCCUGUCUUCCCUUCCAGGAGUAAUUUGCAUGUGAUAUUUUCUGAUUCCAUAGGUUAGACUCCUUUCCUUUGACCUUGUUUAUUAUACACACUUGCCACAGAAUCAGACUACUUUACUGUGAUGUUAUUGCAUGCAUGCCAUUGCAGGAGGUGCAUAAUAUGGAAAGGAGAACUAGGGGUAACUGCCAGCUAUACGAGAUUUCGUUCUGCCCAUAUGAUUCUGUUAUUCAGAAUAUAUAUCUGUAUGUGGACAGGACCUUUAUAAGGACAAAUUGGGCAAUUAGGGAGAUGACAUGUCUGAUGAACAGCACAGCCCAGGUCACUCAUAACCUUCUCCUCGAAGGGGAGCAUCAUUAAACGGGGUGAAACCCUGAAACUUACCUGGUAUAUAUUUCCCUGGGAUGUGCCAAGUACACAGGCUAUCCAUGAUUGUUGAGAAAAGUAUUAUAUAUGAGGCAUCUUAAAAGCAGGGAUGACGCUACCAUGCAUCCUGAUGACUGUCUUUGUUCUUGUUUAUCUUGUUUAAACUGGUGAGUACAUAAAGAAUUUAUUAUCUAAACUAUGAAAUAUACAAUGGCUUGUUUUAUAAAAAGCGUGCUUCUGGGGAAAAGUUGAGGUUGGCUUGCAGUAAACAUCACAUGACCAUAUUGCUAAUUUGUAUUCAGGUCCCCCAGUAAUUAUCAGCAAGCCAGAUUCUUUCAUCAUCCCCCCCCCCCCGCCCCCACUUUGAUUAGUGAAUCCAUUAUUUGAUAAAUACUACUUUAAGACAAGGUUGUUGUUUUCUUUUGUGCUUUAAGAGAAGAAAAUGUUGCACAUAAUUGUUUUUAUUUGUACCUAUGCAGUAUAAGCCUUUAGGAAGGUUAGUAUUUGUGCUGUAUAGUAGAUUUUCUAUAUGCAUGUUUGAUUUUGUUAAAUAAUUCCCUUUCCUUAUUCUUGACACUUCGAGGUUUGUUGCUUAUCAAGGCCGGUAUUAUUUGUGUUUUUUGACUGCAAUAUUUCUGGUUAAAAAUGUGUGGAAUAAGGAUACUUUGCUAGCAUUAAUUUUAUAAUUUGGAAUAAAUUGGCCCUUGUAUCAUCCACAGGAAAGUUGAUCUGCAGAGAAAUAAUUUAACUAAUUUAUAGGUACCCAAAAAGCAGUGUUGUGAUCAUGCAUAGCACCAACUCGUUUCAUUAAGGUUUAUAUGUGGAGUUUUACUUGAAUUAUAUCUCUUAAGUUGGGAACUUUAUUCAUAUUCCAUGCAUAAGAUAGUGUAGAGAAGGAUGCUCUGGAUCUAACUGAUAACAGUAAUAAUAUGAAUACCAUGUUGCCUGUAUUUUUAAGCAGACAAUACUUCUGUGAGGCUGCUACUUGUCACGCAGAGAAGUGUUUGCAAGACCCCUUAAAGAUGAAAAGCAGAUCCAUAUACACAUCAUCUGUCAUUGUGUCACUUGCAUUUCCAUAAGUCUUGCAUCAUGUAUAGUUGCUAGGGGAACAUUUACAUUAAUAUUAAUUGAGUUCUGUGAUAUUAGUAAAUAGAAAUAAAAUAUCCAAAAUAAUGCAAAACAGAAUAUUUUUCAGAUUUCCUUUUUGCAUGUGAAAACUUGGGAGCACAAUGCAUUUCAAACACUUUGCUUUUCCAUGGGUUGUGUUGAUUUCCAUCCUGAGUGAGUGAGUUUCAAAGUACAUGUUGCUCCUUUUCCACUGGACUAAGACUUUUAUUCAUCUGAAAUUCAGCCUGUUAGAAAAAUCUUUAUAAGCAACAAACCUUGAAUCAGGGCAGAUGUAGACAUUCCUGUUCUGUAUUCAAUGAAGUUUUAAUUAAAUUAAUUAUCCUUUUUAUAGGUGACAGAUAAAUUGAAAUUAUUAGAAAUCUGAAUUGCUAAUUUUGUAGGCAUUGGGAGAAAUGUCACAAGUAAUUAAAACCCGUUCAUUCAUAGUUCCUUGUAAUUAGACUUCCUUAUACAUUUUGAAAUACAUAAGCAAUGGGAAACCCUCAGGUGGUUAAACAAAUUGGCAAAGGACCACACAACCUCCUUCAAAUCAUUUUUAGUUUUCUUGAGUUUGUAGAUGCAUUUUUGUAAGAACAAAACAAGCAAACAUGGAAGCUUGCACUGUCAGAAAGCAUAGCCUGUUGGGAAGUUUUAGCGUAGGUUCCAUUACUGUGUUCUUGCACUGCUGUGAUCCAUUUCUUGGGACUUAUGCAGAAGGGCUCCCUUACUGGCUGUGUCUCUGUAUGGCUAUCAAGGUAGUUUUAUGUCCUGUAAAAUUAUUAAAGCAAACUAUAUUUAUGACACCCUUCCUUCCCUAGCAACAGUCGAACUUGCAUUAGUAGCUUGAAUUGUAUUUAGUCUUCCCCUAUCUUUUCCUUUCUGUUGGAAUAUUUUGUGGUUUCAUUUUAACAUACCUUGAUUGAAUAGAAGAAAUUUAUACUUCUGUGUAAAACGGGAUGUGAGAUUUGUAAUAGGAGGCCAAAGAUCUGAGGGAAAAAGAUCCCUUUAGGACAGAAAUAAAUUGUGUAACAUUAGUUAUUUGUGUAGGAAUAGCUUGUGUUCAAGACUUAACCUUUGCUGUGACAAUCAUUAUCAACUGAGAAUCAAGUUGCAACUAUAUUUAUGUUGAACCAUUAAAUACUGCUGAAAUGUCUUCCUAACCAGUUAGUUGGAAUAAUGUUACACACAACUUUAUUGUUGGAUGUAAAAUAUUAUCAUUUUGGAGGUUUGGAUGAUGGCUAGAAACUUGAGACAAGUCUUUUUAUUCACUUGCUACUUUAUAAAAAGUUUCCAUUUUGUAAGGAGGGUAUUUGUGGCCUUGAUACUUUUUAAAACAACCUUUUAAAAUGGACUUGGUUGAAAAGAGAAAGGCAAAUUAGUGGCAGUAGAUCUAAUGGUGUUAGAUGGCUGAUAUUACAUGAAAAAUACUGUUACAUUGCUCAGAAUAGUUAUUGGCAUAUGACUCGGACUAAUGAUUUCACAUUUGGGAUGACUGUAGAAGACAUUGUCUCUGUUGAGACCUGUUCAUGAGCAUGAGAAUACACAAGCCUUAAGUAUUAAAAGAGCAGAUCUUCCAUUGAUGUGAUCAUUGUGUCCUGAGAUAUAUUGAAUGUUGUGAUUGAUUUGAAAUUCCAGUACAUUAUCACCAUGUUGACUAUUUAGUACAGAGGGAAUUAAAAAUUACAGUUGUAUAGUUUUGAGCUAUAGCAACAAAAAUAGAUUAUUUCUGAUGUCUUAAUCUUAGACGUUUGUGACAAAUAAGCAAAAUUAGGGUUAAAAUGUAGACAACUUAAUGUGUUACUGUAUAAAGUAGAUAUUUUAUAAAUUGACCACUUGUGUCAAAGGAAUUUGGGAUACAUCUUUCCAGUAUCUUCCUUACUCAAGGGCUUCUCUCAGCAGCAGGGCUUGUUAUAACAUCUCAGGCUUGACACAUACUGCAUUAUUGCAUAUUAUUGGCGCCAUGAUGGACACUAUGGUUAUGCGGAAUGUCAGUGUUUUCAGUAACAAUUUAAAAAAUCAGUACUACAAAUAAUUAAGAAUUGGAUAACUAGGAACUUAAUAUUGCUGCUAUAUGGAGGUUGACUGACCUAAGGGCUGGAACUUUAAAUUCUUUUUACAGUACAAACUGACAGGUCAGUUUAUUGAUAACAUUGUUGAUUUCAAACUGUUAUGUUCUGUUGAUUGGUUGAAAACACACAUUCAGUUAGAUUUAUUGGACAUGGAUUGUGUAGUGAAUACGCUGAGAUACAAAAUAUAUUACUUCCAGGUAGCUUAUGGAAUUGUUUCACACAUGUGUAUAUACAUCUUUUCCUCUCCUAGAAAGAAAAUCACACUAGGUAAAGAACUUUUUGUAAGCUGGCACUGAAACAUUUUAUGUUUGGUUGCACCGUGUUUGAAGCUUUUUACAGUGCAAUACGUGUAUUAUUCUCUCAAUUUAAACCAAAGGUUAUUUUUUUCAUGCUUUCUAUCUACUGUAGUGCAUGAAGAGCUUUUUGUACGUUUGUGAUAGUUGUAAAAUCAGAACAAAUCACAUGUCUUGGGAUUUUUUUUAUUUACCUGAACUAUAUACAAGCCUUUGUUGAAAAUGUAAGGUGUUAAACUAAAUUGCAUAUUAACCCUUGAGUGUAUUUCCCUAAGCAUAGUUAUAAGUCAAUAAACUUUAUUAAGGAA